AUGGAGAGCGAAAUUACCCUGACGAUGUCUUUGAAAAUUGAUGCUAGUGGAGAAAUGCCUGUGGCCAUGGCCGACUCAGCUCCGGAUUUCCCCCAAGAACUCAUCAUCAACAUCUUCUCACGAGUCCAGGCAAAAUCCAUCGGCAAAUGCAGGUGCGUUUCGAAGCCAUGGCGCUCUCUACUUUCUGACCCACUUUUCAUCAAAGCCCACCUCAAUCUCCACCUCCAUCACCCCCAAAAGCACAUCCUCAUCUCUAUUCCCCAUUCUCCUCCCUCUUACAAUUUAUCCGCUGUAACUUUCACCACCACCAGUGGCAGCAGUAACAAUGAUGGCUUUUUGGAAAAGCUGACCCUUUUGGAGAACCAAUUGUGCUUCGCUGAAAUUGUCGGUUCUUGCAACGGGUUGGUGUUGGUGCUAACUUUUAAAGGGUCAAACACACCAACAAUGUAUUUGAUGAACCCCACUACCAGGGAGCUUGUGAAAUUUCAACCUAGCCCAUUGGUUUGGGAUGAUGCCGAAACUAGUUAUGGUUUUGGUUAUGAUAGUUCUAGUGAUGAUUAUAAAAUUGUUACGCUGUCUCACGAUUGGCUUCUUGACAAAACAGAGAGUUAUCCUGCCUUUGUUGAUGUAUUUAGUUGGAGGACUGGAACUUGGAGGAGGAUUGGCUGUUUUCCUUAUGUUCCUAGUUCGCAUUCUGGUGUGUUUCUAAACGGGUCUAUACACUGGCUUGCUUUGUCUAAAAUUGAUGGAUUGUGUGUUAUAAUUGCUUUGGAUACGAGCUGCGAGCAAUUUCAGCAAUUGCCAUGGCCUGAGACUGAUAAUACUCCUCAUAAUGGCAGUCGUAAGCUUGUAGUGCUUGGUGGAUGUCUAGGAAUGGUUGUGGUGCAAUCUAGACAUCAUGUGGAUGUUUGGAUGAUGAAGGAGUAUGGUGUUGGAGAAUCUUGGACCAAAUUCAUUGUUACUACACCUAAAAAUGCGUCUGUGUGGGGACCGAUAUGCCUGUUGGGGGGUGAUGAUGUUGUUUUGCAGAUGGGUGGUAAGAACUUUGUUGUGCAUAAUUUGAAAGAGAGAACUAUGAGGGAUAUGGUAAUUGCUGGCAUUCGAGAUAAGUUUAGAAGAGGAGUGAUAGGCUUUUCCGAGAGCCUUGUGUCACCUAUUUUCAACAGUCAGCAAUGGAGAGCAACAUUACCUGAGGAUGACUUUGAAAAUUCAUGCUAGUGGAGGUUACCAAACAAUUGUUGAGGUUUCAUUGAUGCUGCUGCUUUAGUCUUCAUGGAGAUGCAUAAUGAAGCUGCUGGAGCUACAUUGCACUUGAAAGUAUUAUUGAACAUAUUUCUGUGUAGAGAUUCAAUAGCCAUAUAUGUGUUAUUGCAGGAGCCUUGUAGAAUAGGCUGUUUGAUUUGGUUGUACAUGUUAUUUGAUGAGAAUAUCUACUGCUAGUAUGUGAAUGUUUGC